GAUAUAUCGAUAUCUAGAGUGUUGUUUUUUGACAGCUCUAACGGCACAUUCAGCAUUUCGAAUUUCAAACGUCGCGGAGAAAGUCGGAAGUCGUGUGCCGUCGCAUCCGUGUUUCCGAAAAAUCGCCGGGUCAGGAAGUAUCCGCGGAUAUUUCGAGGAUAUAUAUUCCCGAGUGCAGAAAACACGGAGAACCGUCGCUAAUAUAAUGAUAUUUUAAUAAAUAUCUUUAUUUUUUUUGGCUAACAUCAGACGGUCAGAAUUGUGUGGUGGAGAGGAGAGGGAGGACGAAGCAGGACGUGGAGGAGGCGGUUGUUCGCGAAUCGGAACGAGUCGGAAACGAAACGAAACGCCUUGCCGUGUCUCUAUCUCUCUCGGGCAACAGCAGCAGCAGCAGCAGCAUCAGCGGCGGCGGCGGCGGCGUUUUGUGACGUCAAAAGCAGCGACGUCCUUCGCUGGCAGACACACACACAGACACACACACGCAGACGCACCACGCACACCGACAGACACAAUAUCCCACACAGAAACGCCCCCACCCGAAAAAAAAGAACCGAAAAGUAUAAGAGGAAGGGAGCAGGGGAGGAGAGCGAUUUAUAUUCCUUUGUGGCCGCGAGUGUGCAUGUGUGUGUGCAACUACAACUGCAACAAAUACAACAAAUCCAACAACAACAACAUCGGCAAAAGCAACAAAAAUGGAACAACCAAGUAUUCUCGUCAAAAUCCUGCACUCGAUUCCGCACGUGAAUUACACAUUCCGUCGGGUUAACGACACCUUCAAUCCGGACAGCGAUGUUUACCUCGAGAGCCUUGGCAUCCUGGCCUCCAUUCCCGCCGGCCUGCUCAUCGUCUCCCUGCUGGGCCUGCUCCUCUAUUUGCUGACCCGCUGCUGUGAUCGCCGCCAGAGGAAGCCCAGUGCCCAGCGUUGCCAGAGCUGUUCGCUGGUCAUCAUCACCCUGAUGACCUGUGCGGCCAUUGGAUUAGGGUUGUAUGGCAACGAUGACUUUCACAAUGGCCUGUUGCAGGCCUUUGGAUCUGGAAAGAAUGUUGAGGUUCUGGUGCUUACCCUGAAACGACAGACGGAGAGCAUUAAGCAUGAUUUGGAGACACGGAUGAACGGUCACCAUGUGGACCAGCAGGUGGAGAAGCCACAAUAUAACCAGACGGUGGUUAUGCUACUCAUUGAGACAUCGCGCCUGGUCACGGAGAACACCUCACGGGCGGUGGCCUCCCUGGAUAGCAUGGUUCACUAUUUUAUGAAGGCCAAGGGCACUGAGAAUGACACCUCGCUGAUGGGAUUGCUUCAGCUUGGUGAAUUCUAUGAAUCCAUUCGUUGGCCCGCCACCUUGGCCUUUCUUACCAUGCUCUUGCUGCUGUGCACUGUCCUGGUGAUUGGCGUGGCCAGAAGAUCGCGCUGCACUUUGAUCUUCUUUAGCGUUUCGGGUCUGUUUUGCAUCAUCAUUUGCUGGCUGCUGACUGGCAUUUAUUUGGCAUCCAGCGUGGCUGCCGGUGAUUUUUGUAUGCGACCGCAUGACUACAUGUGCCGUCAAGUGGGCAUGCGAAGUCCCUAUGUGGAUUUCCUCAACUGCGGCACGCCGCGCAAUCGUUUUAUUUUACGCCUAAACGAGUCCCGGGAUCUGGUGGAUCGGGCUAGGGAAAGUGUAGAGCAAAUGACCCGUUUGAGCCAGGAAACUUAUCCGCACAUCGACAUUCAGCGGACUUUGAACGCCAUGGAUAAUGAUUUGCAGCAGACGCUACGCAAUCUGACGACAUUAUCGGCCACACUGGAUGGCCGGGCCAUUGAUAGGCAUUACGAGGAGGCAUUGCGUGGCCUUUGUGGUGGCGGUCUGCUGGGUCUCAGCCUGAUGAUGGUGGCGGGUUUGCUGACAUCCUUCCUGCUCACAAUUCUGGUGUAUGCCGAUUCACAUGCCUGGAUUUACCUGAGCAAGAGACCCCCACUGGAUGCAGAUAAAUCCGAGACGGCACCGCUUUUCCCCGCCUCGAAUGCACCAAGUGCCAGCAUUUCGCCCACGGCACCCAUGAGCACGGGUACAAUCAAUCGUACGCUUUUGCAUCAUCAACAGGCAGCGGGCGGUGUUGGAGGCAGCGGAGGCGGAGGAGGAUCAGGCACAUUGCCGGGUUCUGGAAGUGGAGGAGUCGGCGGCGGAGGCGCCAAUGGACAUCAUAAUGGCAUUGGAGCUUAUCGCAAUGGAACCGCCGGGCUGAGACAAGGGUUGGUGGCAUCACCUUCAUCUCAAUCAAGCCACAACACCACCACCACCUCAUCCACAGCUACUUACAACCACCUCAAUCAACAACUGCACGGCAUCGGUUACAACAGUCACCUGCCACCACCACCACAACAACAACACCUGUACAGCAACAACCACCACUACAACAAUCACAGCAACAACCACUACAACAGCAACAACACACAGCAAUAUAGAACUAACUACGCGGCAGGUGCGGCGGUGGGUGGUGGCCAGCGAUCGCCAUCGCCGCCGCCCGGCUACGAUUUGGUGCAUGGCACAAGAUCCGGUCACCAUACCCUGGGCAGACUGCCCUCCCAUCACCAGCAAUCGGCUUCCUAUUUGCCGGGACCCAACAAUGGAAAAUAUGCGACGCUCAGCAAGCAGUGUAAGACGCUUGAGUCGAACGACUUUUACUGAGAUUCGCUUGCCUGCAGCUCCCAUGCAGGCAGUAGCAGCAACACAGCACAGCAGCAGCAGCAGCAGCAGUUGCACCUCCAGCAGCAGCAGCAGCAGCAGCAUAACAGCAGUCUUAUCAAUCAGAAUCAAAGCACUUUAAAGAACAUCUUUGCAUCGGCCACACUGCCCCGCUCAACGGGUAGCUCCAUACGGUCGGUGCUCUCGGCCCAGACUUCCAAUGCCGGCAUUUGUCGCUCCACAGGCAAUGGCCUCGAUGGUGGUGAUUUUGUGGAUGAUCGUGAUCCCCGGGAUGUGACCAACAACAGUUUCAAUCGCUUUGAUCCCAAAUACAUAAGCAUUGGCCCCAAGGCGGUGCGUGGCCAGAAUAAUAAUUUGAAUAUCAUCUCCGCUGCUAGUAGUGGUGGUGGUUCCACGGUCAACAAAUGUGCCACACUGCGUCAUGUGGGUCGUUAUGGUGGCUCUUUGAAGGGUGUGGCUGCUGUGAGUGCUGGACAAAUGCCAGCGGCAAUACAUUCACCGAAUUUGAGGAGUGCCAAGACGCCUUCAAUAGCCACUGUUUCAAAGGAUUACUGCCAGCAGCCGGACUGCAUACCCCAGGAGUUCCUUAUACAACAGCAGCAGCAACAGUUGCAACAGCAGCAGCAGCAGCAACAACAACAGUUGCAGCUUCAACAACAGCAACUGCAACAGCAACUCCAGCAGCAACAGCAGCUGCAACUCCAGCAACAGCAACAACAGCAAAUGGUGCCACCUGCUCCACCCCAGCCAGCGCCACCGCCGCCACCAAAACCAAAGAUAGUGAAUACAUUUACAGAGAUACCCGGCACCACGGGCGUGGGCAGUUCAUAUGCCAAGGAGCAGCAGCAGCAGCAGCAAUUAUUGGCACUGCAGCAGCAGCAACAGCAGCAGUUAGUGGCCCUGCAGCAGCAGAGGGAAAGGGAGAGAGAGAGGGAAAGGGAGAGGGAAAGGGAAAGGGAGAGGGAAAGGGAAAGGGAAAGAGAAAGGGAGAGAGAAAGGGAAAGAGAAAGAGAGCGAGAGCAUCCACCCACCACCCACAUAUUGCCACCCUCGGCUGUCUAUAGCAUUGAAAGCAGCGAUCCUGUCCUGCCCACAGCAGCUCCACGCGUGCAACAACGUUCCCUGAAUCCCGCCUCUAUAGUAAAUCAACCUUUGCCCGAAAUACCCACGAAUCAGAACUCCAAGAUCUCGGCACAGCCGCUGUGUGCCGCCAGUCUGGGUCAAUAUCGUUCACUGCAGCGACCCCAAACGCAAAAGUUGCAGACUAUAGCAGUGUCGCAGCAGCAACAGCAGCAGCAGCAGCAGCCACCCACUUUGCCGCCCAAAAACAGGCACAAAAAUAGUAAUCGUGGGGGAGAUAGCAGCAAUGCCAAUCAUAUGCAGACUUUGCCGCCAAAGUCGAUUAAUUUGAGGCAGCAGCAGCAGCAGCAGCAGCAACAAGAAAGGGAAAGAGAGAGACCAAGAAGAGCAGAGACCCUGGACAAUGCCCGCAGCUAUAUCGAGCAGCAGCAGCAGCAGUAUCCCAGCCAGCUGAUAACCAGCAGCAUGAAGAAGCAGCACUCCUAUGACAGCAGCUAUCAUCAGCAACAGCAGCAGCAGCAGCAACAGCAAGCGGCAGCACAACAGCAGGCCUUUUAUCAAAGGCAGCACAACAACAAUUUCUCCGCCAAGCAGCAGCAACAGUUGCUAAUAGAACAGCAGCAGCAGCAGCAGCAGCAACAGCAGCAACAGCAGGCUCUUUUCUAUAGAUCCCUAAAGCGUAGCAGCGAACGUGGUGCUGUUACAGCUGUUACAAGCAACCAUAGCGAUCUUUAUUCUGUGACGGAAUUGUAGGAAUGCGCCUGCUGCGGCGGCGGUGUGGAUGUGGUGCGUCGCGGCGCCUCAUCCACAACGCUGCAUGCAGCGGCGGCGGCCACACAGACAACACAAACACAACAAAAUCAGACACAGACUUCGGGACAGGCGCCCAUACCCCUGCCGCCCAAGAAGCAUCGUCAAAGGGAGAGGGAAAGAGAGCAAAGAGAGAGGGAGCAGCAGCAGCAGCAACAGCAGCAGCAGCAGCAGGCCACCUGCAAUGCCAAUCUGUGCGAAGAGCAUGAAUAUGAUGAGUACUAUCCCCAGGCCUUUGAGCUGCAAGGAGGCACAGGAUCUGCAGCAGCAGCAGCAGCUACUGCCAGCUCCAAGCAUGGCAAGGCACAGAGUCAGCAAAGAGCGGCCACCUUUGAUGUGGCCGAUGCCCGUGACUAUGAGCUAAAGCGUUUGGGCAAUCGCCGAUCCCAGCAGCAGGCGGCGCCUAGCAAAAGAAAUGGUGGAAAUGGAGGAGGAGGUGAUCAUCAUCGCAGUCAUGAUCGCGAGCGUUCCCGUAGUGAUCAUCGCAUAGCCAGCUAUGCCUGCGAGGAUAUCAACUCUACGGCUUUGUGCAGUGCCGGCUCCAUGAGCUCCAUGUUGCAGCCAGCGAAUGGAACAGGUCACAACAGGAGCAGCAGCAGCCAACAGCGAGAGCAUCAUACGCGAGAGCAACAGCAGCAGCAGCAACAGCAACAACAGCGGGAUCGCCGCGAGAAGACCUUCAAGGUAUGAUUUUUAGAGACGUCAUAAGAAUUGUCCAAUCCGCGCCAGGAUAGCAGCAGCAGCAACAGCAGGAAUGGCAGCUCCAGGCGGCGGACGCGUUGAGGGGAAAAUGGGAAGCGAACGUGGCGGAUUCUAUAGCGGAUAUAUAUAGAGAAGGUGGAGUAGGAUGAAAGGAUAACCACAAUCGAAACUGAAACCAACGAGGAGGCCCCUGCCUGUUUUUUAUAUGUUUAGCUUAAGUCGCGUGUACUCUAUGUCUCUCUCUCUCUCUCUCUAUCUUCACCCUGUCUCUGUCACACAACUGCAAACGAACACGCACACAAAACAAGGAAACGAAACACACAUGCGUAUAUAUAUAAAUUAUAUACAAAAAAUAUUGUAAAAAAAACACACACAAGUCGACCUCUCCCUGAUUGAUUCAAACUGCUAAAAUGCUGCUAAAAAAUGCUUAGAAAAAAUGAAGAGAAAGCUGUUAAUGCCAGAGGGGCAGUGGUUAAAAUAACAGUACUUGAGCUGUUAGAUAACAGAGCCUUGAAAUUCUCAACUUUACAGUUGGUUUACUUUCUCAAAUAAUUGAAAUUUUCUUGAAUUUUAACAAGAAAAAAUUUAGAAAAAUCUUGAAAAUUUCAAAAUUUAUACU